CGACUUUCUGGAUCGACGCCACGCGCUGAGCGCGGAGUCCUGCAUGCCCGUAUACCUGACUUCCAACUUCAAGCAGUCUCGCGGCUCGAUACGCACGCUUCUGCGAAAUUACAGCCAUGGCUGCGGAACAUCCCCCAUUCUACAUAUUAGUCUCCCACAACAAUCCUUUGGCUACCACCUCAACGACGCUCAGUCACCCGGUCAUUGAAUACCAUUACGCCGACGACUCGCCACACUCUCUUCUGCCACAAUACCCGGGGGAACGCAUUCUUGUCAUAGACCAUGAUCCAAACAGGAACACCCCUCCAGCGGCGAAGAGCCUAUCCUCCGACAUCUCCGUGACGAAUGUCAAAGUCAGUGGAGCCGCCGGCGCGGGCGGACUUGAUGAAGAACACAAUAUGUACAUCCUCGAAACGACGACUAUGCCUGAAGAAAUGUGAGUUUUACUAUUAUCCUGUUUGGCGUGCUUUGUGGUGAUUUCACUUUUCUUCUGUGAAAACAGAGUAGCCGACGAGGAUCUCCAGGCCCCUCAUACUCUUUUGGCACGAUUUAAACAACGGAAUGCUGUUAUCAGGCAGGUUAUAGACUAUCCUGAGAUGGCGAAGAGAGAACAGCAGAUUGCUACGUCAUGUCCCGCGGCUGAUUUACCUUCUCAAUCUUAGACAAGGGCAUAUGGCAUGGCUAUAUCUCAGGCGACGACGAUCCACCGUGCUUGCUGUGGGGACUUAGUGUGAUAUGUCUACGAAACCGUUAGGGCAUGAUGAGCACCUGCUCAUGGAUAUGCUGCAGCUUCGUAUGGCAGUAGGCAUUCUACUACAUCCUCGCGCAGUCAUCUGUCGGAGGCGCUUCACUGUGGCAUACCUGUCCAUAUAGAAGAUUGAAGGC